CAUGGAUAUUAAGGGAACAAGAUCUGGGUCGCACUUGCAGCUCAGCACCCGCAGCUCGCGCCGCAUUUCGACCUUUGCAUACAUCCACUUCGUUCACCUCUUUUUGCAUUCACACCGCUGCCAAACAACAUCGCGUUUUUCACUCCUUGACUAUUCGUAAAGCAAUACCGACGUAACGAUGGCCGACAACAACGCUACUCUUCCCCAGGAUCCUUCCCAGGUCCAGGGCGCUGCCUUUGCCGAGGAGAAGGGAAAGGGAAAGGCUCCCGCUGAGCAGAUGACUGAGGACACUGCUAUGGAUGAGGAUGACGACGAUGACAGCGAUGAUGAUGAUGAUGAGGAGGUCCCCGAAGCUGAUGAGGAAGAUGGCUUGGAGGAGAUUGACCCCAGCAACAUCGUCGAAGGCCGCCGUACUCGAGGUGCCCAAAUUGACUUCGCCAAGGCCGCCGAGCAAGUCCCUGCCGACGACGAGGAUGAGGAAGACGAUGAAGACUUCCAGCCCCCCAACGAGGACAUCAAGAUGUCUGACUAAAUGCACGUCGGGACCUCAUCUGAUGGAUGUUUAUGGAGGGGACAGUACGAUGUUAUGAAUUUUGGAACUGAGCAAAAAUAAAAAGGCGUGGGCGCGGAUGAUUAUACAUGUUUACCCUGUCUCUGGGCUUGGGGAUCUAGGUGGCACGGAGUCGUGGAUAGCAUCAGCCACCUUUAGCAUUCAACCGCUUGCAUAUGUACUGUACGCGUGCAGUUACAUGCAUUUAUGAGCAAUUUGAAAUGACAUGAAUACAGUCAAAACCCUGUGCAAGAUCAAUGUUGAGAUGCUUAUCACGCGCUGAUUUGAACAAAUUGUAGCUAUGCUGAAGCUCUGCCUGCCAUGUUUGACUCACUUAUGCCUACCAUCCACAGUAAAACCAUCA